AUGUCCGAGGCAGCAGGAGUGCUCCGAAUCCAGUCCGGAUACAUCCGGAGCUCGUCCAUCAAGGAUUUGGGACCGUUAGAGUUUACCGGCAAGAUCGCUGGGGGUCUUCGCUUGGACCUGCGCCGGCGUGCUCCCUUCUAUGGCAGCGACUGGACAGACGCGUUCAAACCGGAGAACUUCCAAAAAACGCUCUCGACGAUCCUCUACCUCUUCAUUGCCGCUCUUGCUCCGGCGAUCACGUUUGGAAGCCGCUUCCUCGAUGGAACCAACGGCCAGUUCGGAGUGCUUGAGAUGAUCAUGUCCACGUGCCUCAGCGGCCUCCUCUUCUCCGCGACGGCUGGCCAACCGCUGUCAAUCCUCGGUGCAACCGGGCCGUUCCUGGCCUACAGCCUGGUGUGCUAUGACCUGGCCGUGGCCAUGGACUUGGAGUUCUUGCCCUACUACUUCUGGGUCUGCAUGUGGUGCUCGUUGUUUACGAUUCUGGUGUCGAUCUUCGACCUUUGCGCCCUCAUGAAGCACGUGACCAUGUUCAGCGAGGACAUCUUUGCCGGCCUCAUCUCCCUUAUCUUUAUCAUUGACGGAGUGUUGCCAAUCAUUCGCAACUUCACAGACAAGCAGAUGAGCUUAAACGCUGCGAUGUUCGAGACGCUGCUCUUUGUGUACACCUUCGGCCUUGCCUCGUACCUCUCGUACUUCCGUCGCACCCCAUGGCUCAUUCGAGCCCUCCGAAACCUCAUGGCCAACUUUGCGGUGACCAUUGCAUUGGUGUCUGCGUCCGCCCUGGCAGCCAUCUACUCUAGCGACACGAACCUGCGCAUGCUUACCGUUGAUGCCGACUUCUCCCCGUCCUUCACGCUGGUCACUGGCGAGAAGCGCAACUGGAUCGUGAACCCCAUGGGCAUUGAGAAGGACUUCCCCUUGUGGGGCAUCCCGUAUGCCAUCAUGCCUGCGAUCGGCUUCGCAGUGUUGGGUUACUUGGACCAGAAUCUGACCAGUGUCAUCGUCAACCGGCCCUCCAACGGCCUGCAAAAGCCGCCUGGCUAUCACUUGGAUUUGUUCGUUCGAGGGGCGCUGACGCUGCCAGCUUGCGCUGUGCUCGGCCUCCCUUUGUCCGUGGCCUCCACUGUGCCCAGCAUCACGCACGUGAUCUCCUUGACCACUUAUGAGGUGAAGCAGCUGCCGCAGGGCGAGCGCAAGGUGCCGGCCAAGGUGGUCGAGCAGCGGGCUACGAACUUCCUGAUCCACAUCCUCAUUGGGUGCGCCCUGUUUAUGGCACCGGUUCUGAAGUUCCUUCCCCGAGCCGUCCUCCAGGGCGUCUUCUUCUACAUGGGCAUUGCCUCCUUGACUGGCAACAACCUCUUCGACCGAAUGUUCCUGUGGUUGGUGUGGGACUCGGCCAAGUAUCCGCAGUACCACUACAUCCAGAAGCUGCCCAUCAGAAGGGUCCACCUGUACACCUUCGUGCAGUUCAUCUGCUUGGCAAUCCUCUACGGUCUCAAAGAGAUCAAGGAGACUGCGGUGGUCUUCCCCUUCUUCAUGGCCUCCCUGGCCCUGAUUCGCAAGGCCAUGCGCUUCAUGUUCACCCAGGAGGAGCUGGAGCUGUUGGACGGCCAUCCUGCCGAAGACCCGGACGAGGCGCGCGACUUCUCAGAAGAGUCUUCGGGCGCAUGA